AUGGAAGCAAAAUCACUGGCGUCAGAACUAGUCAGAACGACCACGAGCCAGAAAAUAGCACAUGAAGACAUGCAGGAGAGCAAGGCUGAAAGCCUAGUAAUAUCUGUGUUCAGCCAAGGUGUGGGCCAUGCAUCUCAAAGGAUUGGAGAGCCUCAGCCCAAAUGCCAUCCUGCCACAAGCAUUCUGAAUGAGAGCUUUUCAAUCAAUCAUCAAAACUUCAUCAGUUUCUGUGUUGAAAGGGGAGUAAAAAGGAGCUUAUCAAACCAGCAAAAUGACCAAACAGCAAUCAUCAUUGUUGAGUUGGAGUGGAUCUGGACUCUUUCUGGAGCUGAUAAACAAAUCAAACUCCAUUUUGUAGGGUGGGCGCUACAGAUGGCAGAGCUGUUCUGUAAUUGAAGUGAACUGGCUGCCACGUUUGAUGAGGGCUGCAGGGAAGUCUCGCUGGCAGAUAAGUUUUUCCAAAGCAAAAGCAAGUUCGAGAAGCUGGCCAAAUGCUGCUGCCUGGUGGGACGGGACUGCCUGGGCUUGUUCAUAAUGUUUGACAUGCCAAGAAAGCCUAAGGACAGCCACAGAGUCAUGCUAGACAGUAGCAAGGAGAAGCAAACGUGCUGCCUGGCAGGCAAGACUGCUCUAAGGCAGUCCGUCUCGGCUAUUGACAGCUUCCUGCCCACAAAAGACAUGCUAGCAAACUGUCUCUCCACAAAAAAAAUGGACUGAAGGAGCUAG